CUGUGGUUCGCGCACCAUUCAGCGAACCUCCGCUCGGUCAUCAUUGAACCUGACUUUCGGGACAGUCCUGCAAACAAAACAGUUGGAAUUGGUGUGUUGAACAGGGUAGCUGCGAAUCACCGAAUAUACACCAUCGAGAAACAGAUCAUAAUGGAUUGGCCAUUGAAUGACCCCAAGUUCAUCAAGGAGGAUUUAGAACAGUUCUUUGCAUACCAGGAAAAGCCUCAACGAAGCAAAGCAGUUGGCCGGUUUUGGGGCAGCGAUGAUUUGGAUGAGAGGCCAUUACACGCAGAUUGCGAUGUACGCGAGUGGCUCGAGCUGUCGAAGGAUCAAAGCCAAAAGCCUGGACUGUCUUUCAUUCUCGCCAGCUGUCAUGAAGCCACCCGGCAUAACCCAGCACAUCUCAGGAAACUAUCUUUUACCUAUGAAGCCUUCCAACAGAUUACAAGCUCUCUUCCGCUGCAUGGGGACACAGCGCGUAUCAUCAGCAGAUCGGACUUGUCUUUCUUUGAAGAGAUAGAUCUCUACUCGCACGCUGGUAGAAACAUCUAUUAUUGCUGUCGCACAUCUGGUCUUUGGGCCGAAGAUUUGGCAGUUUCUUGUGUCUUCAACCCAAAGACAGGAUUCACGUCUGGAGUUGUCUUUGGUUGUUCGGACGAUGUUGCGGAAGAAAUAGCAGGGCGCAUAGAGAACGCGGAGAAUUCCUGGAUGCACCCUCUGCUGAUGAUCGGUAUCGUUGCGGAGAUCGAAAGAACACGACAUAUGAAACUGGUUGAGGAUCACUUAUUCAAGCUUCUUCAGCGCGUCCAGAGCAUGAGCAAGUCACCUGAGAUCUUGCCGACUUCCCAACUGGCCCGCGAGAACUACUCGGUUGACCUGUGGAUUGAGGUCAGUCAGCUGAGAAUUGCUCUUGUUGCAUGGCGGGCCCAGCUGUGCAAAAUGGAUGCCCAUAUUCAAGAUUUAGAGAAGAUUUUUUUGGAGGCGCUUUCUCGUCACGAGGAGAUUAACUCGUCAUCGCCGUGCUCAGUGGAAUUGGGAAACAGUUUCGACUCGGGCAGGACUCUCACCUUCGGCCACAACGAUAUAUACGAGGUCAAUCAGACUUCUGACGAAUUGAAAGCGUUAGGAUCAUGGCAUCAAUACGCCAGAGAAGAGGGAAGAAGAAUACAGAAGAGACUCAGAGAGAUCAUUGGCGAAUAUGACUGCAAACUCAGAGAGUGUUCCAUGGUCCUCGAUGGGGUGUCAUUGUCAGCCCAGCUGUCGCUGUUCUCGAUGACAUUCUUUAACUGGGAUGCGUCAGAAGGGGAGCAAAUUGUGUCUCCCUAUGUCUGGAUAUACUCGGUGGCCGUAGUGCCCAUCACUGCGGUGGUUGUAGGGCUAUGGUAUUACCUGACAAAGCGAACGCGGUUCAGCGAUACUGAUUGCACUUAUGGAUGAAAAAGUAUAACUUGCAUAUUUCCUAGGAGAUGGCUUGGUUAUCACAGACUAUUAUUUGGGCGAACCUCUACAAAAACAUGGUGACAUUAUGAGAAUGAAACUAUGGCUGAGCUUUUGCGCUCCUUGCUGUAACUGAAGAGCAUCGCACAGAUUUGACUUUCCGAGCGAAGCUCAAAGAUCUAGGCGGAGAACCACGA